AUAGGGGCCUUAAAACGUAUUCGUUCCCUGGUGCCUCGCCAAACCCUACUGAAAAUGUAUGAUGCCUUAGUCUCUCCUUAUUUUGAUUAUUGCUCCGAAGUCUGGGGAUGUAUGGGAAAAGGUCUUUGUGACCGACUCUAGAGAUUGCAAAAUAGGGCUGGGAGAAUUAUAACAUUUAGUGAUUAUAAUACAAGAUCUGCGGAUAUCCUCCAAGACUUGAGAUGGGAUGCCCUUGAGCAAAGACGCUCUAAACAGCUCGCAAUAAGUAUUUUUAAAUCUCUAAAUAACCUUUACCCUGAGAGUUUAAAGAACAUGUUUAAACCAACCUCUGGGGUUCAUUCCUAC